GUGGUAGGCUUGGCAUCCCAACCCAAACUCACAUCUCAUUUCAUUUCCAAAAACUACAAAGCCAUAGCCAUGGGUGUCUCAUUUAACUUGCACAAAUUUGCCCCCACGAACUCCAAAGAGAUCAAAUUCCAAGGAGAUGCAACCAUUACGGAUCACAAUGUCAUUCGACUCACCAACUUGGACAGCGAUGGCAACCCACUAGGAAACAGAGUUGGCCGAGUUUUAUUCUCCGACCCUGUGCACCUGUACGACCACAGUGGUUUCCGAGCAGGCUUUGAAACCACCUUCGUCUUUCGCAUCUCAAAACCGUACAGUAGUGAAUUUGCUCCCGGACCUGGUGACGGUCUUGCCUUCUUCCUUGCUAAUGCUGACACUGAAAUUCCACCUGAAUCUUCUGGGAAGUUUCUCGGCCUCUUUGACGAUGCAUCAGCCAAGGUUGUUGCUGUUGAAUUUGAUACCUUUUCCAAUGUCGAGAUUGGGGAUCCUAGUGGUCCCCACAUCGGAAUUAAUAUCAACUCUAUCAGGUCAUCGGCCACUGGUUUCUGGAACUAUUACGACGUCGACUUGAGCACUAAGCUUCCUCAAAAGGUUGCGGUAGGGCUAUCUGCUUCUACUGGGCAAUACUCGCAAAAUACCGAGAUCUUAUCUUGGACUUUUAAGUCAAACUGAAGAGGAACAACAAUGAAUAUUGAAAAAGGCGACCCUCUUCCUAUCUUAUCGCCGGAUUGUGUUGUGUUUUUAAUUUUAAUUUGAGUAAAUAAGGACUAGUCUUUAGUUUGUCUCAGUAAGUGAUAUGUCACUACGGAUAAGGCAAUAAGGGUAGUCCAUUAUUGUCAUUGGUCUCUUCAAUGUGAAUUUCGUCCAUCUUUCUUUGUCUGGGUUUAGUUUGUUGUCUUCAAUGAUAUAUGCUUGCUUUUC